UAAAAGAGUCAUUCCAGAAAACCCUACUUGUCCCCUGUCUCCUGAUGUCGCCCACUUCAUUUCCUAGUUGAAGGAGAAGCACUCGGUUGCUCGACGCUCCCUCUCUCUUCGUUGACUGACUGUCACUCUCUUCCUCCUCGCCGAUCAUCUCUCAGACUUUUCUCGCCAACCAAACAACCCUUUACGGAUGUUUAAGGGAAUGUGUUGACUUGUUGAUUGUGGUUAAAUUUGGCAGCCGAUCUUAUCUGUGAUCUCGGACCAACUGGAAGUCCGAAGAAGCGUCUGUGAGGACCUCCGAGGACCACCCAGCGAUCUGGGUAGGUGGUGGAAGAGAGAAGACCAUCAUAGCUGGCAGAUGCUGUGAAACAAAAGCUUUGAACAAAGAAGACAACGAAGAGGAAUACAGAGAAGACCACCAUGGCUAUGCUGUUCUUGAACUUUGGUUCCAAGUUCCAACAAAGAAGAAAGACUUUCUCUCUCCAUCCCAUGGCCAAUUCCCUUUUUUAUUUCUAAAUUGUUAUCCAAUUAGGUCACUGACUUGAGUUAUAAUCAUGGAUGAUGGGUCAUCGUAUCCAUCGGUAUUUCAGAAAAUACAUGGGCAGUCUUACCUCAUAUGUAGGCUUUCCCCCAGGAUUCACACAAGAAACUAUGGGGUGAAUGGUGCGUAUGCCAAUGGAGCUUUGCAGAGCCCCCUGCUGCCAACUUUUGACAGCACUGCCCUUGCACAAGUCUCUUCUUUGUCCCCAAUUAUGGUGCAGGCCCCGGCAGAGAAAGGUGCAGCUGGUUUUGCUAUCGAUUUUCUCAUGGGAGGUGUAUCUGCUGCUGUUUCCAAAACUGCUGCUGCUCCUAUUGAGCGUGUUAAACUACUGAUACAGAAUCAAAAUGAGAUGAUCAAGGCUGGUCGACUUUCUGAACCAUACAAGGGUAUAACUGACUGCUUUGCCCGAACAAUUAAGGAUGAAGGUGUUUUUUCUCUGUGGAGAGGAAACACUGCCAAUGUUAUCAGAUACUUCCCUACCCAGGCCUUUAACUUUGCUUUCAAGGAUUACUUCAAGAGGCUUUUCAACUUCAAGAAGGAUAAAGAUGGCUACUGGAAGUGGUUCGCUGGGAACCUGGCAUCAGGUGGUGCUGCUGGUGCUUCAUCUCUUAUUUUUGUGUAUUCUCUGGACUUUGCAAGAACACGUUUGGCAAAUGAUGCCAAGGCUGCCAAGAAGGGUGGUGAAAGGCAGUUUAAUGGUUUGGUUGAUGUUUACAAGAAAACCCUCAAGUCUGAUGGCAUUGCUGGGUUAUAUCGAGGAUUCAACAUCUCUCUUGUUGGAAUUAUCGUGUACCGUGGGCUUUACUUUGGCAUGUACGAUUCUCUGAAACCUGUUGUUCUAACUGGUGGCCUGCGGGAUAGCUUCUUUGCUAGCUUCUUUCUGGGAUGGGGAAUUACGAUCGGUGCUGGAUUGGCUUCUUACCCUUUGGACACGGUGCGUAGAAGGAUGAUGAUGACCUCAGGAGAAGCUGUGAAAUACAAUAGCUCUUGGGAUGCAUUUAAGCAAAUUAUAAAAAACGAAGGUGCUAAGUCACUGUUUAAGGGUGCUGGAGCAAACAUAUUGCGUGCUGUUGCAGGUGCCGGUGUACUUGCUGGCUAUGACAAGCUGCAAGUCGUACUUCUUGGCAAAAAGUAUGGGUCUGGCGGCGGUGGUUAAUGAUAUGCUAUGUUGACGCAAUCAUUAGUUAUUGUGUGAGCAUCGACUCUAGUUGAAGAAUUUGGAUGAACGGAAGUGCUUUAUGUUUCCAAAUGUUUGUGGAUCUGUUAUUAGAAAGUAAUAGUUACAAGGAUGAAGAAAUUUGAAUUUUGGGUGAUUGUUAUCUGUACUUGAGCUCUGAAUGGAAGUGCUUUUACGUUUUUAA